UAUUCUACGCCGAUGUGCUAAGUUGUCUGUGGAAAAAGUUAUUCGAGGUACAAAGACUUAACAUUUUCUCAACUUUUCCAAAAAAAUUCCUCAUUUUGCCACUUUGGAUGCUUAUAACUCGGUCAGUUUCCAAUGGAUCUUCAAUUGUAGCACAUAUUUGAAUAGAUAUGGUCAUUAGCUACCAAAAGUUAUUCUACGCCGAUGUGCUAAGUUGUCUGUGGAAAAAGUUAUUCAAGGUACAAAGACUUAACAUUUUCUCAACUUUUCCAAAAAAAUUCCUCAUUUUGCCACUUUGGAUGCUUAUAACUCGGUCAGUUUCCAAUGGAUCUUCAAUUGUAGCACAUAUUUGGAUAGAUCUGGUCAUUAGCUACCAAAAGUUAUUCUACGCCGAUGUGCUAAGUUGUCUGUGGAAAAAGUUAUUUGAGGUACAAAGACUUAACAUUUUCUCAACUUUUCCAAAAAAAUUCCUCAUUUUGCCACUUUGGAUGCUUAUAACUCGGACAGUUUCCAAUGGAUCUUCAAUUGUAGCACAUAUUUGGAUAGAUCUGGUCAUUAGCUACCAAAAGUUAUUCUACGCCGAUGUGCUAAGUUGUCUGUGGAAAAAGUUAUUCGAGGUACAAAGACUUAACAUUUUCUCAACUUUUCCAAAAAAAUUCCUCAUUUUGCCACUUUGGAUGCUUAUAACUCGGUCAGUUUCCAAUGGAUCUUCAAUUGUAGCACAUAUUUGGAUAGAUCUGGUCAUUAGCUACCAAAAGUUAUUCUACGCCGAUGUGCUAAGUUGUCUGUGGAAAAAGUUAUUCAAGGUACAAAGACUUAACAUUUUCUCAACUUUUCCAAAAAAAAUCCUCAUUUUGCCACUUUGGAUGCUUAUAACUCGGUCAGUUUCCAAUGGAUCUUCAAUUGUAACACAGAUUUAUAAAGAUCUGCUCAUCAGCUACCAAAAGUUAUUCUACGCCGAUGUGCUAAGUUGUCUGUGGAAAAAGUUAUUCGAGGUACAAAGACCAAAAAUUUUCUCAAUUUUUCCUAAAAAAUUCCUCAUUUUGCCACUUUGGAUGCUUAUAACUCGGUCAGUUUCCAAUGGAUCUUCAAUUGUAGCACAUAUUUGGAUAGAUCUUGUCAUUAGCUACCAAAAGUUAUUCUACGCCGAUGUGCUAAGUUGUCUGUGGAAAAAGUUAUUCGAGGUACAAAGACUUAACAUUUUCUCAACUUUUCCAAAAAAAUUCCUCAUUUUGCCACUUUGGGUGCUUAUAACUCAGUCAGUUUCCAAUGGAUCUUCAAUUGUAGCACAUAUUUGGAUAGAUCUGGUCAUUAGCUACCAAAAGUUAUUCUACGCCGAUGUGCUAAGUUGUCUGUGGAAAAAGUUAUUCGAGGUACAAAGACUUAACAUUUUCUCAACUUUUCCAAAAAAAUUCCUCAUUUUGCCACUUUGGGUGCUUAUAUUUCGGUCAGUUUCCAAUGGAUCUUCAAUUGUAGCACAUAUUUGGAUAGAUCUGGUCAUUAGCUACCAAAAGUUAUUCUACGCCGAUGUGCUAAGUUGUCUGUGAAAAAAGU